UUUCCGUUAUUUAGGGUUUUAUGAUCUUAUUUUAUUCUCUAAAAUGUCAAAUUCUUCUCAGAAAGUUGGAAUUUUGGUUCCAUUAACAGAUGAAGAAGAAAAAAACACUUCAAAUCCAAUCCCAAGCAUUGAAAUUAGUAAAGGAGUUAAUGUUAUAGGGCGAGAAGUUAUUCCGAUUCCCGACAAAAGACUUAGUCGCAAACAUGUCACUAUUACUGUCUCUCCCGAUGUUUCUUCUGCUCAACUUUUCGUGGAAGGAACAAACCCGGUUGUGAUUAGAUCUCAGGGUCAAAGGAAGAAGCUUUUGUCUCGAGAGAAACAGACGAUUAGAGAUGGUGAUAUUAUAGAAUUAAUCCCUGGGCACUACUUGUUUAGCUAUAGAGCUAUCGAUAUUAUAAGAAAAGGAUCUUCAUCAAACACCGGAAAGAGACCAAUAACUGAAGGAGUUCAAGAUGAGUCACCUACACAAAAACGAUUGCGACAAGUCUCCCAAGAUGAGGCCCUUGCUAGAAGAUUGCAGAUGGAAAUGAAUGAUGAUAUACAAGAUAAGGAAAGCUCUGUUGAGGCAAUUCGCAAUUUUAAGCCCCCAAAAGAGAUAUUGUCCAUGACCUUUCGGCUUAUGCGCGUGAAAGGUCUGCAAUCAUGGGCUAAUACUAGUUCUGUGUCAGUUGGUGAUGUGAUUCAGGGGAAUGUGCUUGUUGCUGUUCUUUCAAACUACAUGGUGGACAUUGAUUGGUUGAUAUCAGCAUGUCCAACUCUAAAGAAUAUCCCUCAUGUUUUGGUGGUUCACGGUGAAAGUGAUGGUAGACUGGAGCAUAUGAAGAAAAGCAAACCUGCAAAUUGGAUUUUGCACAAACCACCAUUACCUAUUGCAUGGGGAACACACCAUUCCAAAGCCAUGUUUCUGGUCUACGCUGAAGGAGUGCGAGUUAUCGUCCAUACAGCAAACUUAAUUUACGUUGAUUGGAAUAACAAAAGCCAAGGUCUCUGGAUGCAAGAUUUCCCCUGGAAAAGUCAAGAUAAUUUAAACAAAGGAAGUGCUUUUGAAACCGACCUGAUCGACUAUCUUAAUGCAUUGAAGUGGCCUGAGUUUUCUGUCAAACUUCCGGAAGUAGGCAAUCUCAGCUUCAACUCGUCCUUCUUUAAAAAAUUUGAUUACAGUAGUGCUACGGUAAGGUUAAUAGCUUCUGUGCCUGGAUAUCAUACAGGCUCAAAUGUCAAGAAAUGGGGGCACAUGAAGCUACGAUCCAUUCUACAGGACUGUAUUUUUGAUAAAGAGUUCCAGAACUCACCCCUGGUUUAUCAGUUCUCUUCCCUGGGUUCUUUAGAUGAGAAGUGGAUGACUGAGCUGGCAUUUUCAAUGUCGGCAGGAGUUUCAGAUGAUAAGAAGCCUCUUGGCCUGGGGGAACCUCUAAUUGUAUGGCCUACAGUUGAGGAUAUCAGGUGUUCUCUUGAGGGUUAUGCAGCUGGGAGCUGUGUUCCAAGCCCUCAAAAGAAUGUAGAGAAAGCAUUCCUGAAGAGAUAUUGGGCGAAAUGGAAAGCAAGCCACACCGGUCGCUGUCGUGCAAUGCCUCAUAUAAAGACAUUUACUCGUUAUAACGGUCAAAACCUUGCAUGGUUCUUGCUAACUUCAGCAAACCUUAGUAAAGCUGCAUGGGGAGCACUACAAAAAAAUAAUAGUCAGCUGAUGAUUCGAUCCUACGAGCUUGGCGUGCUGUUUUUACCAUCUUCAACCAAUCAUGUUCCUCCAUUUUCUUGUACUGAAAUAGGGAGCGCUUCAAAGAAUAAAUGUGGGUCCUCUUUGAAAAAUCCUGAUAUCAGUAGAACAAAACUUGUAACAUUGGCUUCAGUACAUAACCAGAAAAGAGAUCUGUCAGAGGUGAUUACGUUGCCUGUGCCAUACGAACUCCCUCCAAGACGUUACUCUUCAGAAGAUGUUCCUUGGUCAUGGGAUCGACAAUAUAAGAAGAGGGAUGUUUUGGGUCAAGUUUGGCCUUAGAAAAGUUCAAUUUAAUUUGUAUAUAACAUUUUCGGAACAGAUUAGGAACCAACAGAUUACUUGCAUUGUUAGUUGUUAGAAAACAUUAACAUUGUUUUUAUUGGUUUUUGACAAUUUCUUGCUUUCGAGACCGUCUAGUUGUAUAUUGUGUUAAUUACUUAAUUUGAUUGUAACCACAUUACCUUUAA